UUAAGACCCAACCUCACCUCCUCAAUCUGUCUCUCUCCUGUCCCAACAUGUGCCUAUGAUUUUAUUUUGAUUGUACUGUCAUUUUAUUGAUAGGAAUAUUUAUUUCUGAUGAUUUUAAUGUUUUUAUACUGUAAGAUGCCAAGAGCUGCUUUGAAACAAGAUGGGCUGCAAAUAAAUUUAAUAAAUAAUAAUUGGUGUUAUGUUACCUAGUAGCAAUGAAGUAUCUGCAAGAGAACACCAAGGACUCCACAGUUCAUCCCUGGGGUACAGAUAUUCUCUUUUCUCAGUACAUAAUGUCAGUUUUAGGAGUAAUCCAGGUACUGUUGCUUGCAUCGAGCAAUUUGUGGAGCACUGUAUUGAGACACUGGCAGAUUCUCAUUGCCAUUGACUGACAGAGAGGUAUAAUGAACACUGAUUUAGCUAACAUAAAAAAUGUCUUGAGAUUCUUUGGCUGUUUCUUUUCUGCACCUUGCAUAAUGCUAUCUACCCGGAAAAGAAGUAGCAUAAUAAUUAUAUACGUAUAUACAUACUACUAUCACUUAUUUAGUUCUUCUCUGAUAUUAGAUUCAAUUAUAUGCACACCAUAUAUCCAUAGUUAAUUUGCAGUAGUAUGUCUGGAAACAAAACGGAAGGAUAAAAAGAGGAAAACAUCUGGAUAUUGCAUAAUAUAAUAAGCAAUAAUAUAAUGGGUACGAAUGCAUGUUGCAUGUAUCAUGCUUCAGUAUGGAAAGCAUCACUGUCCCAGUGAUAGAGACUUAAACAAUUCAAAAUGCCCAUCCUGUAUGCUCCCACUGAAUUAGAAACUGAUUGUGCCUUAGGAGCAGAAUGUUACCACCUGGGGCAUAUUAUACCUUCAGCCACAAAGUAGUUUGCUUUCUUUGGUUUCAUGCAUGUAUGUGAAGCCAGGUGGUUACAGAUACUGGCAUAAUUCAAUGUGCAAUGAAAAGAGAGACAUUCUGGCUGGGGUUCCUUUGCUGUGUAAAAUACCAAUUUAUAAUCUAGUUUUUCAUCCAAGCUUUGAGGUCACAAUGGCAAAAUGUUCCCUCCACACCCAUAGUUUGCUAUAUGGGGGUCCUCCUGUUUUUUGGAUUGUUUCACCCACUGCAUCCUACCGUGGGUUCUGCGAGUAAAGAGAGAAUAGUUAUUUUAAUACUUUUUUUUAAAAAAAAGAUGAAAAUCAUCAAGCAAUUUUCUUUUAAAGAAUCCCGUUGCAUUCUAGUAAUAUCAACGUAUCCUAACAUUCAACCCCACCCCGGACGUCACGACCACUCAGGCAGGCCAAAGUCAGGUGUGGCGGCUGGGCAAAUACGGAAAAUCUCGCUGCCUCCCGACGUGCUGCUCGCGCACUCGGUCUCCGCUCCCGCCUUGAACGCCAACGCCGCCGCCGCCGCUGCCUCUCCAGCUGGAGUGCUCGUUUCCCCCUCCUCCUUUGGGUGUUGCCAGGUUUGCGCUUCUCAUGGCAGGCCUUGCCCGCGUGUACCCAAACGCCGGAGUUCCAGAUUCAACGGACGCGCCUCCGUUUCUCUGGCCGCAGAAGCCUCUUCGCCUCGUUCCCCUUUAGGCAAAGGCGCCGUCAGGGUGGACCGGCCUGAGCCCGGGCGGCGCACGCGCCGGCUCUCCUGCCUCGCGCAACCACCCCGGAAAAUUCCCCUCUUUCUCCGCCUCCUUUUGCUGCUGAGAGCCACAGCGCGGGCGCGGGCAACCCUUCGCCUCCCGGCGGCGGCGGCGGCGCGCGUGCACCCAGGCGCACCCAGAGAGCCACACGCAACCAGGCGCGGCAGGAAAGGCACGGCGCGCUCGGGCUGCCCCUGCCUGCUCCCCUCCUCCCGCGUCUCCGCCUCUGCCCUGCCCUGCGCCUCUUGGCCGCAAGCAGCUGCACUAGCCCCGCCGGGCCCCGCCUGUUUCUCCCUGGCGCGGGAGAGGCGGAGAGCGAAGCAGACCACGAGCAGCAGAAGCCGCCGCCGGGAGGGGAAAAAAGCCUUCUCGCCUUCUUUCCUUUUCCUGUGGCUGAAACAUGGCAGAUAAUCUAAGUGACGCCUUGAAGAAGCUGAAGAUAACAGCUGUUGACAGCAGAGCUGAUAGCCUGGAGGGGUGUUUGGAUUGUCUCCUUCAAGCCCUGGCUCAGAACAAUAUUGAGACAAGUGAAAAAAUCCAGAAAAGUGGCACUCUCCCGGUGUUUGCAAGCCUACUGACUCCGCAAUCUUCCUGCACUGCAAAAGUAGCUAACGUCAUAGCAGAAAUAGCCAAAAAUGAGUUUAUGCGGAAUCCAUGUGUGGAUGCUGGCUUGAUCCCACCUUUGGUUCAGCUCUUAAACUGUAAAGAUCAGGAGGUGCUUCUUCAAACGGGGCGUGCCUUGGGCAACAUAUGCUACGACAGCCAUGAGGGCAGAAGUGCUGUUGACCAUGCAGGUGGGGCACAGAUUGUAAUAGACCAUUUAAGGUCACUGGGCAGUAAAACAGAUCCAGCCAAUGAGAAGCUCUUGACUGUCUUUUGUGGCAUGCUGGUGAACUAUAGCAAUGAGAAUGAUACUCUGCAGUCUCAGCUCAUCAACAUGGGAGUUAUUCCUACAUUAGUGAAGUUGUUGGGCAUCCAUUGCCAAAAUUCGGCUUUGACUGAAAUGUGCCUUGUUGCCUUUGGAAAUCUAGCAGAACUUGAAUCAAGUAAAGAACAGUUUGCCUACACAAAUAUUGCAGAAGAACUUGUGAAGCUCUUUAAAAAACAAAUAGAACAUGAUAAGAAGGAAAUGAUAUUUGAAGUUUUGGCUCCCUUGGCUGAAAAUGAUAUCAUUAAACUGCAGCUGGUUGAAGCAGGCCUUGUAGAGUGUUUACUUGAAAUAGUCCAAAAGACAGUAGACAGUGACAAAGAAGAUGACGUUACUGAGCUUAAAACUGCUUCUGAUCUCAUGGUUCUUCUACUUUUGGGAGAUGAAUCAAUGCAAAAAUUAUUUGAAGGAGGAAAAGGCAAUGUGUUCCAGAGAGUGCUUUUAUGGAUCCCUUCUAAUAGCCAUCAACUUCAACUCGCAGGAGCAUUGGCAGUUGCAAAUUUUGCCAGAAAUGAUGGAAACUGUAUCCAUAUGGUGGACAAUGGUAUUGUCCAGAAACUGAUGGACUUAUUGGACAGGCAUGUGGAAGAUGGAAAUGUGACCGUGCAGCAUGCGGCACUGAGUGCUCUCCGAAAUCUUGCAAUUCCUGUUGUAAAUAAGGCAAAAAUGCUGUCAGCUGGUGUGGCAGAAGCAGUAUUGAAAUUUCUCAGAUCCGAAAUGCCGCCUGUUCAGUUCAAGCUGCUGGGCACAUUAAGAAUGCUAAUAGAUGCACAAGAAGCUGCCGAGCAGUUGGGAAAGAAUGUCAAGCUGGUUGAAAGACUAGUGGAAUGGUGUGAAGCCAAGGAUCAUGCAGGUGUGAUGGGAGAAUCCAACAGACUAUUGUCUGCUCUUAUACGACACAGCAAGUCCAAAGAUGUAAUUAGGACCAUUGUUCAGAGUGGUGGCAUUAAACACUUAGUUACCAUGGCAACUAGUGAACAUGUAAUAAUGCAGAAUGAAGCUCUCGUUGCUCUGGCAUUAAUAGCAGCUCUAGAAUUAGCCACAGCAGAGAAAGAUCUUGAAAGUGCACAGUUAGUGCAGAUUCUACACCGGCUCUUAUCAGAUGAGAGAAGCGCACCAGAAAUCAAGUACAAUUCCAUGGUGCUGAUCUGUGCGCUUAUGGGGUCAGAAUCUCUUCACAAGGAAGUGCAAAGCCUGACUUUCCUAGAAGUCGUAUCAAAACUCCGCAGCCACGAGAACAAAACGGUCGCCCAGCAGGCUUCCCUCACAGAGCAGAGACUUGCUGUGGAAAGCUGAGGAAGGGGGCGCCAGUUCCACAUUAGCAUCAUGUCACUGACCUCACCUCUUGUCCUGUCCUGCUGCUGUUAUUCCAGCCAUGUUUUUUCCACCGUCACUAAUGCAUGCGUGUAACAUCCCCACACCACACUGUUAUAGGUACCUCUCUAAAUAAGAUUUCUAAAACACCCAUAGCCAAUUGUCAUAGGAUCCUGUCUUUCUUAUCCACACAGCAGACGCAUACAUGCAAUCUGCAGCCUUGUUGUCAUUCUCCUUGUAUUCUUGUUGCUUGGGCCACAUACUAGAAUGUGCAUGUUGUAGUCCUGUAAUAAUGUAAAAGUGGUACAACCGUGAUGACACCUCCCCUCAGACUCCCUACUUCCUCAAUAGAGGCAGCAAGACAGUUGAGAUGAGGCUUGGGAGCACACCUCUCUUUUUGCUGCUUUAGAUAUGAAAGAGGGAAGAGGAAAAGAAAUCUUGCUGCUCAUUCACUGGUCUUGCCUACUAAUGUCAAUCCUGUGGUACCUAGAGAUAAAACCAAUAAAAUCCAGUGCCCUCACA